UCGAAUGCAACAACUAAUUAAUUACCACCAAAUGGCUCACAGAUUGUCUCUUGUCUUGGCACUCAUUCUCCUCCUCCUUCCACUCCUCUCUCAUGGCAAAGAUGACAGGUCACGACCUUUCGAGUUCCUCCGGCAUUUAGAGGGUUGUCGCAAGGGAGAAACUGUAAAAGGUCUCAACGAGCUUAAACGGUAUCUGGAGAGAUUUGGGUACCUGAACAACCACAAGGACGAUGACGAUUUCGAUGAUUUGUUGGAGUUGGCCAUCAAGACUUAUCAACUCAAUUACAACCUGAACGUCACAGGGAGCCUAGACCCCGAGACCUUGAAACAGAUGAGCUUGCCUAGAUGUGGAGCCCCCGACAUCACGAAUGGCACAACGUCAAUGCGAUCGGGCAAGGAGAAGAAGCACCCUCAUGAACGCAAAACCCUCCACACUGUUUCCCGUUAUUCCUUCUUCUCCGGCAUCCCAAGGUGGCCACCUUCGAAGACCCUUCUCACCUACGCAUUUCUUCCUGGAACCCCGGUGAGUUCCAUGAGACCUGUGUGUGAUAGAGCUUUCCAGAGGUGGGCAGCUGUGAGUCGUUUCAGGUUUCAAGAGACUCAGGAUUAUCUUACAGCCGAUAUUAAGAUCAGCUUUGAGAGAGGUGACCACGGAGACAAAUAUCCAUUUGAUGGGCCUGGUGGCGUUCUUGCUCAUGCUUAUGCACCCACAGAUGGAAGGUUUCAUUACGACGCAGAUGAGAAAUGGUAUAUUGGUGCGAGCUUGGAUGGGUAUGAUGUGGAAUCCGUGGCCAUGCACGAGAUUGGGCACUUGCUUGGACUCGGGCACAGCUCCGUUGGGAACUCCAUCAUGUACCCCAGCCUUCUUAUGGGAACCCAGAAGCUGAAGCUGGACCAGGAUGACAUCGACGGAAUAAGAUCCUUGUACGCUUGAGGAUUAUAUUUUAUUUAAUAGCAGCUCAAGCUCCAGCUCUUUGUGAUUUAGAUGAUUUAUUAGAAGAAUUAGUCUGUUCUGUUUGUUAGUUUGCAGUGUGAAUGAAAUAAGAUGAA